UAUUCAGUUGCUCUAUCUGGCUCCCCGUGGUUUGUGUUGCCACUGAAGAGUGAGAGGCUGGCUCACAAAGAAAGCGAAAGGCUAUGCCCUUUUUUGUGUUGCGGGAGCUCCACAUUGCAUGUCAGUAAUGUGACUGAAAGAAAGUCCCUUGUCCACUUUUGUCAGUAGGGAACAGAGAGGCAAUGUGAUGUGCCUAUAAUGGAGAUUAAGGACUCGGGCAGGGUAAUUCUGACAGCUUACCAUUCUUACACGCCCUCAAGGAUACCGAUGGAGCAAAGCUUUGUACCACAGCUUUCUCCGACUCCGGGACAUUCUCCUCUCAACAGUAAAGCACGCUACCAAAGGAUGGACAGGAUGAUCUCUCAAGACUUGCUGCACCCCCCCUCCUUUAGUCGCUCCGUGUCGCAGGAGUCCCUGGACAGCACUUCUAUGGCGGAUUACUGGAGCGAGGUGAAGAGCAUUGAGGAGAGCGCUGAGAACGGGCAAGAGGAACACGCAGUGCUUGAGGUCAAGUCAGCUGAUGAGGGGGAGAUGGAGGAGGCUUGGAUUCAGGAAGCGGGGCUGUCCACACUGGUGUCUGGAUCGCUGGGGGAAGAGCCUGCUGAGGCCCUUUUCUCAACACUGACCCGCACACAGGCCGCCGUUGUCAAGAAGCGCAUUGACAACUACACCCAGACGCAGCGCAAGAAGAAGCAUUCUGUCAGGGAUGUCCGAGACAUCUUUGCUGUUGGAGACUCCCCGCCUGUAUUCUGCCCGGGAGCUGGUUCACCUAACAGCAUUCAGCUGUCAUCCAAGCUAUCUUUCCGGGCUCCAGGAAGAUUGGAAAGCUGUGCAUCAGAUUGCAAGCUGAGCAAAGACAGCCCGUCAUUGCUAGAAGAGUUGAACUUUGAAGUGCCUUACUCGGAGUGUGCUCUUAGGAAAGACUGCCGGAGCAUCCAGAGAAUAAAGAAGGAUGAUGCAACUUUGCCUAAGUUUCUGAUUCGUAAAGCGAAACUUGGGCUCACAAUCGUAGGAGACCUGUCUAAGGAGGAUAUGAAGAAAAUUGGUUACAUCUCGCUGAUCGAGUUAACUGCCUACUUUGAUGCUCUGGGAAUCGAACUGAAACGAAACAGAACAGUGAAGAGUAAAGUACGAGAAUGUGGCCUCUUUGGGGUUCCCCUCACAACACUACUAGAGAAUGACCAAAAGAAGUUUCCUGGUUCAAAAGUACCCUUAAUUUUCAAAAAGCUGCUGUCCAAGCUGGAACAAACAGGUUUACAGACUGAAGGAAUCCUGAGAGUGCCAGGGUCCGCCUCAAGGGUGAAGAAUCUCCGUCAAGAGCUGGAAGCAAAGUUCUAUGAAGACACUUUUGACUGGGAGCAAGUGAGGCACAAUGACGCAGCUGGGCUGCUGAAGAUGUUUAUCAGGGAGCUGCCAUAUCCCUUGCUAACUGUGGAGUAUCUCCCAGCCUUUAAUGCAGUGGAAAAUAUCUCUCCAUCCAAGCUGCAGCUACAAGCCUUGCAUCUCCUUAUCAUGUUGCUGCCUGAACCCAACAGGGACACGCUUAAGGCUUUCUUAGAGUUCCUCAGUAAAGUGGUGGCUAAUGAGGAGAAGAACAGAAUGAGUUUAUGGAAUGUGUCCAUGAUCGCUGCCCCGAACCUCUUCAUGUGCAAAGGCAAAACUGCCAACCCGCAGGAAAUGCAGGGUGCAGCUGGUGCAGCACAUGUUGUGCGAUUGCUUGUGAAGUACCAGGACAUUCUUUGGACAGUCCCAUACUUUAUGAUCUCUCAUGUUAGAAAAAUGAACGAAGCUGCUAUGAACAAGAAACACCAAGCUUCUGACAAAAGUAAAAAAAAACUGUUGAGAACCUUCUGGAACCCAGAAAGAGAAAAAACUGAGAGGAGCGAGCUCUGUGACGUACCUCGGGGAGUGAUACGGGUUCACGCUCCCCAACAUGCCAAGGUUUCCAUGGCGAUCCAACUUGAUAACGAGACAAAAGCCAUGGACGUUAUUGCUCGAUUUGACUGUGAAAACAGCAGUGGGUCCCUGGGCUCAGUUAGAAGACAGAAACAGUAUCUCUAUGAAGUUGGUGGAAAUAUAGGUGAGCGAUGCCUGGAUCCAGAAACGUAUCUCCUAGAUUUAUACCAUGUGAAUCCGCAAUGUCAAUGGAUUUUAAAGCCCAGAACAACAUGAAGCUUUAUGGAAAAGCAGAUACUCCCCUCUCAUUAAGAAAGCGCUGGUUACUGCGCCCUACAGGAAUGUCUGGAUCUCAUGCUGGUGGAUUUGAGAUGAAGGCAACUGAACAGAUGCUGGUUUGGACACACCACCUGUUUCUAAAGGAUAUUUUUGCCACAGACAGAUGGUCAGUAUCUCCUGCAGACACUUGACCAUUUGGAAAACCAGAGUCCACCUAUAUAUAUGACUGUGCUUGUGCGUCAGCCUGUGGAAUAUAUACAGAUUUGAACUACUGCUUGCAUGACGUUGUAUAUUCUACUUGGAGUAGUUUUCAAAAUAUAGCCAAAAGAAAACUUAGAUAAAGCAAUGAAAUCCAGUCAAUGCCAUAUCAGCUUGCCGGUUAUAGCUAUUACCUCUGCUGUUUUUACUUCCUAAUUGCAGGGGAUACCUGUAUGAAAAAAUGCCUGAAAGCCUUUUCACUGACAAUGCAAAAUAAACACGGAUGUAAAAAGAUGUACAUGCAAUAUUUAUACCACUUAUUUAUCCAAUGUUUUUUUUGUAUUUUCUGAUGGAGACUUUUUUUUCACAAGCAACUUCAUUAUAAAUAACAUAUAAACUUAAGAGCUUGAGAACAUGAAACUAAGAUAUUUAUUCCCAACACUAAAGAAAAAAAAGAAUUGUACACCACUGCCCUUGCACAGCUUUUUUAAAUGUACACAUGCAGAACAACUAAAGUGUUUUACUGUCCUGUCUGUCAUAUAUAGUCCUUUUAACAGGUAGCUCCAACUACCUGUAAAAGCUCUGAAUUAUAUGUAUUACUGUACUGUAGUGUUGCAUUUCUUCUGUUGCUUUCAAACAACGUCCAACACCAUUGCCAAGUGUGAAAUGCAGGUCAUUUUGACUUUGUAAUGGACUGCUGUAGGACAAUGGACUUUUAAACAGAAAAACCCAGUUCAAGUCAGCCCAGGUUGCUCAAUCUCUGCUCAUCACAGUGUGCUACAUCAUAUAUACUGUUUUAAACUAUUUGCGACUGUGCUGGAAAUAUUGAUACUUGGUCUGCAUUGCAGGAUCAGCAAUUACUGUCACAGGAAGCCUUGUUAUUGUACAAGUUUUUACAACACUAAAUUUGGCAGGUGUGUUUACUAGUUUGUUAGGACGGUACCAUGUAAGUCUUAAGCCCUCUACAAUAGGAUCUGUGAGGCUGCAUGAUUUAUCUCCCCGCAGCCAUUUUUUGACAGAUAGUCAGUUUAGCACCAAAGGCCGGAUCCAGAUUACAUUUAGGACCUUUAAGAUCAAAAAGUUGCAUACGCUAAAUGCUACAUUACAGUAGUCCUUAGCGACAAUUAACUGUUUUUAUUGUAACAGUGGACAUAAAAGAGCUGUUGAGUUUUUUUUUUUAUUUUAUUUCUAUUUGAGUUUUUAGAGGACCAGGAUUGGGGAUGGGAACCACUGCAUGUCACUGAAAGAGCUAAACUAGUCAGUCACUUAAACAGGAGGCGUGUGAUGAAAACAGUUUGAAACUGGUCAUUUAACAUUCAUUAGUAAUGGGACCUCUGAGUUCAAACCUGCUUGUUUGGAAGGAAAUUGGGGCAUUGCUGUUGGCAAAUUCAUUUAUUUCAAUCCGAGCACCUUUUUUAAGCCAAUUUAUGAUUAUACAUAAUGUUUGAAGAAAAAAUAUAUAUUUUUAUAAUUGAUUAUAAAUAUGAUUAAUAAUCUGGAGGCUGUGUGGUCCAGUGGUUAAAGAAAAGGGCUUGUAACCAGGAGGUCCCUGGUUCAAAUACCACCUCAGCCACUGACUUAUUGUGUGACCCUGAGCAAGUCACUUAACCUCCUUGUGCUCCGUCUUUCGGGUGAGACGUAGUUGUAAGUGACUCUGCAGCUGAUGCAUAGUUCACACACCCUAGUCUCUGUAAGUCGCUUUGGAUAAAGGCAUCUGCUAAAUAAACAAAUAAUUAAAUAAAUACCUCCCCCCACCAUGUUCAUGAAUUGACCUGGUUCAUAUUUGACUGUUUGCAUUAAGUGCUUACUCUUGAUGCUCUUACUGUUUUACAGAUUAUGACUAAAUAUCUGACUCUAGUGACCUCCCUACAGAAGUAGGGAGGAAGUACUGUUUUGUCAUCCUUUGUGGAACAUUUGGGUGAUUAUCUAUAACAGAUGUAAUGCUUUAUGAGGAAACUACUGUGAAUUUAGGACAUACCACUGUGAAUCGCCCAGUCAGAGGUUUAGGCCUGCCUAAGGUAAACAGAGGCCACUGUAGUCACAUCACAUCAUCAAGAGCCUUACUCAGAAUGCUUUGCCUCUGAUUAAAAUCAGAACAAUUGCACUUUCUGCCAAAUCCCGUGGUGGUUCUGUUUUGCAUUGCACUUAAUAUGUCCGGAAACAUUUGUUCAUCAUUCCAAUACCACAGAGACACAGUUCACAUUAAGCCACCUCUAAUGAUCUGGUCUAAUGACAGGCCAUAAUGUUUUAUGUCAUUUUAAAAGGUUUUUUUGACAAAUGGAACAUUAAAAAAUAAAAACAUCAAUAAUAAUUACAUUUAAUAUUUUAUGAAGAAUGCAUUUUUUAUUGCCUGGGAGUGGCCCAAUUGAAAUGCUGUUUGUAUUGCCCCUCCAACAAUUACAGUAUGGUGUCUAUAGGACUCUUACUGCUGUAUCCUUAUGUAAACUAGAUUGGCUUUAUUUACAUUUUAUUUAUAUAAUAAUGCAUUCAGUCUGUGGUGUUGAGGAUUUUAGUUAUACUUGUUUUUCUGACUCAUUUAAGUGAAUAUAACUAUUUUUUACUAUGUUUCAAUCAACUGCAUUUAUUUUUUCAAAGGCCUGAGUCAAAUGCAUUUUAACCAAAAUGAAGGAAAUCUAAAUUCAGACAAGUUCAUGUGUUAUCAUACUAGUGAUAAAAACUUGUGGUGUUACUGUAUAAAGUGUAUUUGUCAGUUGUGCCACUAGGUUCAGGUAAAAAGAAAAGGUAUGAUUUGUAUACAAUGAAAAAAAAUGUUUUGCAUUGCAGUCAAUAAACACUACACACAAUUCAUUUGUAAAAAAUGUAUAUUGUACUUACCAUUGUUUUAAAAUAUAUACAGUAUUAAAAAACCUGUUUUGUAUUACCA